AUGUCACCAGUGUUUCCCAUGUUAACAGUUCUGAGCAUGUUUUACUAUAUGUGCCUUCGGCGCCGAGCUAGGACAGCAACGAGAGGAGAAAUGAACAGCCGGAGGGCUAUUGAAUCAAACACCCGAGCCUUACCUAUCAAUGUUGAAAUAGUUCAGUAUGCCAAAGAAGUGUUGGAUUUCAGCUCUCACUAUGGUAGUGAAAACAGCAUGUCGUAUACCAUGUGGAAUUUAGCAGGUAUUCCGAACGUGUACCCUAGUUCUGGUGACUUUACUCAGACUGCCGUCUUUCGAACUUACGGAACCUGGUGGGAUCGUUGCCCUAGUGCUCGGCUGCCGUUCAAGAGGACACCACCAACCUUCUGUAGCCAGGAUUAUGUGGAACUCGCUUUUGAGGAACCAGUUUAUCCCACUGCAGUGCACAUUCUGGAAACGUAUCAUCCUGGAGCUGUAGUCAGGAUUUUGGCAUGCUCUGCAAACCCUUACUCACAAAAUCCACCAGCUGAAGUAAGAUGGGAAAUCCUUUGGUCCGAGGCACCUACUAAGGUGAAUGGUCCUCAGGCACGGCAAUUCACACCUUGUAUCAAACAGAUAAACUUUCCCACAAACUUAAUCCGUCUGGAAGUGAACAGCUCUCUUCUGGACUAUUACACCGAAUUGGAUGCAGUAGUACUACAUGGUGUGAAAGAGAGACCUGUGCUUUCACUUAAGACUUCAAUGAUUGAUAUGAAUGAUAUAGAUGAUGAUGAGGAUGAAGAAAAGUAUGGCUGUGGAAUGGACACCCUUAAUAAACAGUUCAGCAUUGUUACCCUCAGGGAAUGGCCGACUAACGGAUAUUUUGAUAAACUGCCUUAUGAG